AUGGCGCAAACCGUAGUGCUCGUAACGACAAUGGGAGAAAUCACAGUAGAGCUCUACACCGAACAUGCACCNAAAGGUAUCACCCUUCUCGCCAUAACCUUAUUCAAGACCUACAGAAUACUCAUCCUCGCAAAACAAAAACAGACCUGUCACAACUUCUCCACCCUAGCAAGCAGAGGCUACUACAACACCACCCCCUUCCAUCGCAUCAUCCCCUCCUUCAUGAUCCAAGGCGGCGAUCCCACCGGCACCGGCCGCGGCGGCACCUCCAUCUACGGCGACAAGUUCGCCGACGAAAUAAACCCUUCGUUGCGUCACUCCGGCGCUGGAAUCUUGAGCAUGGCAAACGCGGGCAAGGAUACGAAUGGCAGUCAAUUCUUUAUUACGCUGGCGCCGACGCCAUGGUUGGAUGGCAAACAUACGAUUUUCGGGAGGGUCAANGGGGGUAUGAAGGUUGUGCAGAGGAUGGGCUUGGUCAAGGUGGACAAGGAGGAUAGACCGGUCGAGGCUGUCAAGAUUUUGAGUGCGAGAGUUGAGGAGGUGGGUGCUUGA